UAAUAGCUACAGUAGUUGGCGUUAGGUAACUCGAACACCGUUAUGGUAUGAGUUAGGUAGCUGUUUAGCCAAAUGUAAACAGUGAUCUGGCUGUCUUGAUAGUUCACUGACAUUAGCUGUCUACCUAACCUCCCUAGGUAGGACUAGCUAGCAGGCUGGGAUAGCAAGACAGCAGGCUAGUUUACAGAUUUGCUGAACCGCUGAUCAAAUACCACCAAGACCGCUUGCAUGUCAGCUGUUUGCAUGCAUAAUCAUCUCAUACAGUGUCGAAAAGGAUAAGAGAAUCGAAGAAAGAAAGCAGGGCCAGGGCAGGGGCAGCUCCACUCCUCCCUCUCCCAGCGGGAUGGUGCUGAGUGAUGGGGAGGACAUGACGCCGUAGUCCCACGCCGCACCACCUCCUCGGCCCCCCCACCACCAGAGCAGCGGACCACAGACGCAGCCCCCCCCAUGACUGUCCCCCUGGAGCCCUAGAUCAAGUGUGCUGUAGCUCAACAUGAGUGCUAUAGGGGAAGGCGCCCUGGACCCUGCUGCCUCAGAGUCCCGCAAGAGGAAAGGGUCCCCAUGCGACACCUCUGGACAGAGUGCGGACAAGCGCCGGCGGGAGCUGGAGUGCCACUACAUCGACGAGCUGGCGGAGCUGCUCUCUGCCAACAUGGGCGACAUCGCCGGCCUGAACGUCAAGCCAGACAAGUGUCACAUCCUGAGGAGCACGGUCGACCAGAUCCAGCAGAUCAAGAAACGCGAACAAGAGAAAGCCGCGCUGAUGUCGACGGACAACGAGGUGCAGAAGUGCGACAUCUCCUCCAGCAGUCAGGGCAUGAUGGAGAAGGAGGCUCUCGGACCACUUCUGCUGGAGGCUCUGGAUGGUUUCUUCUUUGUGGUGAACCGCGAGGGUCGGAUCGUGUUCGUCUCAGAGAAUGUGACCAGUUACCUGGGCUACACCCAGGAGGAGCUGAUGACCUCCAGCGUGUACAGCAUUCUUCACGUGGGAGACCACAACGAGUUUGUCCGCAACCUGCUGCCGAAGAGCCUGGUGAAUGGAGUGCCAUGGCCUCAGGAUUCUACUCGUAGGAACAGUCACACGUUUAACUGCCGCAUGCUGAAGCGGCCUCCGGAUGAGAUCGACUCGGAGAACCAGGAAGCGCGGCAGCAGUAUGAGAUCAUGCAGUGCUUCACCGUGUCACAGCCCAGAGCUGCCAUGCAGGAGGAAGGCGAGGAUCUGCAGAGCUGCCUCAUCUGCAUCGCCUGCCGUCUGCCCCGCCCACAGCCUCGCCCGCAGCCCAGCCCUGUCAGCACAGAGUCCUUCAUCACCAAGCAGGACCCUACAGGGAAGAUCAUCUCCAUCGAGACGAGUGCUUUGCGGGCCACGGGCCGGCCGGGCUGGGAGGACCUGGUCCGGAAGUGCAUCUACGCCUUCUUCCAGCCGCAGGGCAAGGAGCCAUCGCACGCCAAGCAGCUUCUGCACGAGGUAAUCGCCCAUGGCACGGCCAUCAGUCCCGUGUACCGCUUCACCCUGAGCGACGGGACGCCCCUCAGCGCCCAGACACGCUGCAAGUUCUGCUGCCCCCCCAACCCCGACGUGCAGCCCUUCAUCAUGGGCAUCCACACUAUUGACAGGGAACACAACACUGCUAGCUCUCAGGAAAAUUCUAACCCCAGCCUUCCACUGACACACGGGAGCUCAUCUCCUGCCCAGCCCUCCCGCUCUCCUGCAGUUCAGCCGGGCAGCGAACUCAGCCAAGCCCCAGGCCUCGGCCUACAUCUCAACAACGGCAGCAGCACUGGUCCAACCACACCCACCAGCCAUUCAACAGGGUACCUGACACCCAACCGGAUGUGCCCCCAGCAGGUCAACAGUCCGUCCCCUUUAGGAAGCCCUCUGGGAGCAACCCCUACCUCUUUUAUGUCCCCCAGACCUCCACGAGGGAGUCCGGGACUCGGGGGCAGCCCGCGGGUCCCGGGGAACCCCUUCUCCCCCUCCACCCCCAGCCUGCACUCUCCCGCUGGGGCGCCAAGCGGCAGCAGCAGCCUCAGCAGGCAGCCGUCAAGCUGCGAGGGCACCAGCACCCCCAUCAGCUUCUCCCUGCCCUCCCCCCUCCCGCAGAGACAGACCUCCACACCGGCCAGCUCCCCCGCGCGGCCCCCACCAGCCAAGCCUCCCGAGGCCCUGCCCGAGCCCCGAGAGGACCCUGCCAAACCUCAGCAGCACGGGAACCCCAAGCUGAACCAGCUCCUGGACGGCUGCGGGGCGCGGGCCCCCGAGCAGGACGCGCCCCCCUCCCUGCCCGCACAGUGCCCCGCCUCGCAUAGCUCCCUGACAGAGCGCCACAAGAUCCUGCACCGCCUCUUGCAGGACAGCAGCCCGUCGGAGCCCGCCAACGCCGCCGCCGAGGGGGCCAAGAAGGAGCCCCCGAUCAAGAAGGAGCACCCCGCCAGCCCCACCUCGGGCAGCAGGGAGAGCCAGGACCACCAGCUGCUGCGCUUCCUCCUGGACACGGACGAGAAGGACCUGGGCAACCUGCCUCCCCCCUCCGCCCUCAGCCUGCAGACCAUCCGGGUGAAGACGGAGAAGAAGGCAGGCGGCGAGACGCCCUGCACGGCCGUCAGCUCGCCCAAGCCCAGCGACGGGCCCAGCACCCCGUUCCCCAGCGCUGACCUGGACGCGCUGAACCAGCUGCUGCCCGCUCUGAGGGGCGCUCCGGGGGCCAAGCUGACGGAGGAGCAGAGCGCGUCCCAGCCGGGCGAGGCCAACAUUCCCCGGGGCGUGAGCGUCAAGCAGGAGCCGCCCGGCACGCCCAGCCGGGCUUUCAGUGACGGCUCUGGCCUUCAGAGCCAGUCACCCUUUGAGUUCUGCAGCCCAUCGACCCCGACCCAGGGCCAGGGGGACCCGUUCCAGCCUAAAGACAGCAGCCCCUUCCCAGAACCAGGGCCCGGCAACACUUUCAGCACCAACACAGGGCUGUCGAAGAUGGAGCUGCCGAGCACCCAGCAGUUCCAGUCUGUCCCACUGCCUGAGCCCAUGCCUUUCGAAGGGAACCUGGGCAACACCACCCAGGCCCCUCUACCUUCCCCUCAAGAUCCGCGCACCCCCUGCACCCCCUGCCCCCUGGAUGAGAUGCUGUGCCCGCCCACCACCCCGGAGGGCCGCAGCGAUGAGAAGGCCCUGCUGGAGCAGCUGGUGUCCUUCCUGAGUGGCACAGAUGAGAGCGAGCUGGCGGAGCUCGACCGGGCGCUCGGCAUAGACAAACUGGUGCAGGGCGGCUGCCUGGACCCCCUCUCCCCGCGGUUCCCUGCCCAGCCGGCGCCCCCCAUGCCAGUGGACCCCAAGCUACCUGCUUACCCCGCCCAGUUCCCUCCCGGUUCCGGCCAGUUCCCCUCGGAAAUGGGCCGCGCCCAGGGGAUGGGCUUCGGCGCCCCGCGGGCAGCAUUUCCCGGGGGGAUGGGCAUGGCUGUGCGGCCUGGCAUGGCCAGAGCCCCCGGGCUGCCCAACCAGCUGAGGCUGCAGCUGCAGCAGCGCCUCCAGGGCCAACAGCAGCUCAUCCAGCAGAAUAGACUGGCGGCGAUGAGCCAGUUCCCGGGAGGAGGGCACGUUGCCAUGGGGAUGCCCCAGGGCAUGCAGCAGGCACAGAUGCCGUCGCAGCCUCCCCUGAACGCGCAGAUGCUGGCCCAGAGGCAGCGGGAGCUCUACAGCUUCCAGCACCGGCAGAGGCAGCUCCUGCAGCAGAAGGUCAUGCUGAUGAGGCAGGGCAUGGGGACGGGGCCCAUGGGGGCCGCGCGGCUCCAGAAGGGCCCCCAGCCGCCACAGCAGGCGCAGCAGCAGCAGCAGUUCGCCUACCCCCCGGGCUACAGCCCCGCCCCGGGGAACCCCCCCACCUCCCCCAGCCACUUCAGCCCCAUGGGGGGGCCUCCGGACUCCAAGCUCGCGGCCAGGGGCCCCAUGGCGAACCAGGGCAUGAUGGGAAGUAUGCAGGGCCAGUUCGGGAACCCUGUGCAGCCUGGUCUAUUCCAGCAGUUUGGAGGACCAGGUAUGGUCCAGCAGGGGGAGCCACCCUUUCCCCCAGCUCUCAGCCCCACCAGCCCCCUGCUCUCACCACAGAUGUCCACUUCCCAGAGUCCUCUGCUUCAGCAGACACAGCCACCUCCUGGGUACCAGUCACCAGACAUGAAAAGCUGGCAACAAGGUGGCAUGGGCAACAACAGCAUAUACAACCAAUCUGGACAGAACCCACCUCAGGCCUUUGGGCAGCAGGGUGUGUACAACAACAUGAGCAUUACAGUGUCAAUGGCAGGAGGGUCAGGGGGUGUGGCCUCCCUACCUCCCAUGGGACCACCUGUUGGCAUGGGCAACAAUAACCUGGGCAACGUCAACCCCAUGUGCAACGAUCAGGUACAACAGGUUCAAGUGUUUGCAGAUGUCCAGUGUACCGUUAACCUGGUUGGCAGUGACUCCUAUUUGAACCAAUCUGGCCCAAUGGGAUCACAGAAAGGCGCAACAGGGGCACAGAGCGCCCAAUCUCAGCAGAAAAGCCUCCUCCAGCAGCUCUUAACUGAAUGACACUGACACUGAGCGCAGGGAGGAGCCUUUCCACAGUGAGCUAUUUAUAUUUUUUACAUUUUGGUUUCUCAUUUUCAGCAGGAUUGAUUCUGAGGGCGUGGUGUUUUGGGGGAGGGUGAGGGGAGCCUGUUGGCGGAAGUCUCAUUCCUGGUUACCUACUCUUAAAAAAAAAAAAAAAAAAAAAAUCUGCUUCCUGAUUGGAGAAGGAUCAUGUUCCAGAUUUGCCAAGUUAAGAAGGACCUGCUACCUGAUUGGCUGCGAGCUGACGGGCAGGCGCAGUGCUUCUUGGAGAGCAGCAGCAGAGCUCAGCUUGGUGUGGUCUUUGCCAAUUGGUGCAACAAAUGGGAUGGCACAACUCUUUGACAUUCGUCUGUUGUGCAAGGAAAGCUCAGUUUCAGCGGGAUCUGUUACUGAUUGGCUCUCCACUGCAGUGCCUGGUGGGAGGACUUCCCCAGUCCUUUUAUGUUUUCUUUCCUCAAUGAAUCAGAACAAGAAUGGCCAGGGAAGUAGACUAUGCUGUUGCCCUGUAUGCUACAGACUUUCCUGGGGGAACUAUUAUAAAUACUAGACUACAAACUGUCCUACACCAAUCUCUUUUUUUUCCCAGCAGCUGUGAAUAAGAGCCGCUUGGGCUCUUCUUGGCCUAUCAGUGUUGUUUGCCAUGUGUGCCAAUCGGGCUGGUAGUAUUGUACAAUAGAUGGACACAAUUGGGAUGAGCUAACACUUUCUAUUUUCCUUUUAACGUUGUUGAAUUAUUAUAAAGGCAACAGUCGUAUUGAAGUCAAAACUCACAAUUAUUGUUGGAUUUGAAGCAGGACUUUUUUGCUGUUUAAUUUUGAGAUUUGGUACCUUGUUGAUGUUUUAUUGUUUUUGUUUUUGUUUUUUUAAGACGCAAUGUUUGGCAUCAGAACAUGAACGUCUGCAAAUGUAACCCAGCAAAAUGUUGUCGUGUGGGGAAACUCGCUCUCUGCUCGUUUAAUGUGAAGAGGAAAAGAUUGUUUUAGAAUUAGAAUGUUCAAUUUUGGUCAGGCUAGCUUUGCUCCUUUUUUUUCUCUCCACUACGAGGUGUUGCAAUCCCGUGCGAUAAAUCGCAAAACAUAAACAGAUUAGGUUGUACAGUUAACUUUUACGUUUUGAGUUGGGAUUUGCUUUCUCGACAUCAGUCAUCUCAAUUCAAAGGGGGGUUUGCUGAGGAAUAUUGGAAAUACAAGUUCUCUACACAAACUCUUCUCAACAGUAAGCCUGUGAGGCCAUAUCCUCACUGGCUGCACACUACAGCUCUUACUGCUUAUGUGACUACUGUCGCCCAGUCAGACACUGUCAGUCGGCGCUAACUUCUGUUGACGCUGAUUUAACACUAUUGCUAAAGGUUCUUGGCAACAGAUACAGUUUUACCUAGAUCUACAGAAAAGCUAUUAAUGAGCAAUAACGGUAACAAAAAAAGACAAGGCAAGAUUUGG